GCGGAGGGCGGCGAUGGGCCGGACCCGGGGCCCCCCGAGGAGUCGCGGUGGCCGGCGGUGACAGACGCCCCUCCCGCCUCUCUCCAUCUGCUGCCGCCCGCCGGAGCCCCCAGCCUGAUUCGCCGCGGCCCCAGCCCCGGAGUGCCGGCGGCACCAUGAACGAGGUGUCCGUCGUUAAAGAGGGCUGGUUGCACAAGAGAGGCGAGUAUAUCAAGACGUGGAGGCCCCGCUACUUCCUGUUGAAAAGUGACGGCUCGUUCAUCGGGUACAAGGAGCGGCCAGAGGCCUCAGACCACAGCCUACCCCCUCUGAAUAACUUUUCGGUUGCAGAAUGCCAGCUCAUGAAGACGGAGCGGCCCCGGCCCAACACCUUUGUCAUCCGCUGCCUCCAGUGGACCACGGUCAUCGAAAGGACAUUUCACGUGGACUCUCCCGACGAACGGGAAGAGUGGAUGAGGGCCAUCCAGACGGUCGCCAACAGCCUCAAGAGCCAGGAGCCCGGGGAGGACUCGAUGGAGUUCAAGUGCAGCUCCCCCGGUGACCCCUCAGCUGCCGAGGAGAUGGAAGUGGCGGUGACCAAGACACGGACGAAGGCGCAGACAAUGAACGACUUUGACUACCUGAAGCUUCUGGGAAAGGGCACGUUUGGCAAGGUGAUCCUGGUGCGGGAGAAAGCGACGGGACGCUACUAUGCCAUGAAAAUCCUACGGAAAGAGGUCAUCAUUGCCAAGGACGAGGUGGCCCAUACGGUGACCGAGAGCCGAGUGCUACAGAACACCAGGCACCCGUUUCUCACGGCCCUCAAGUACGCCUUCCAGACCAAUGACCGCCUCUGCUUUGUGAUGGAGUAUGCCAACGGUGGGGAGCUCUUCUUCCACCUGUCCCGGGAGCGCGUGUUCACCGAAGACCGGGCGCGUUUCUACGGGGCCGAGAUCGUCUCAGCCCUGGAGUACCUCCACUCGCGGGACGUGGUGUACCGCGACAUCAAGCUGGAGAACCUCAUGCUGGACAAGGACGGGCACAUCAAGAUCACCGACUUCGGGCUGUGCAAGGAGGGCAUCACUGAUGGGGCCACCAUGAAGACCUUCUGCGGGACCCCGGAGUACCUUGCCCCUGAGGUGCUGGAGGACAACGACUACGGGCGGGCAGUAGACUGGUGGGGCCUGGGGGUCGUCAUGUACGAGAUGACCUGCGGCCGCCUGCCCUUCUACAACCAGGACCACGAGCGGCUCUUUGAGCUGAUCCUCAUGGAGGAGAUCCGCUUCCCCCGCACCCUGAGCCCCGAAGCAAAGGCCCUACUGGCCGGGCUGCUCAAAAAGGACCCCAAGCAGAGGCUUGGCGGCGGGCCCAGCGAUGCCAGGGAGGUCAUGGAGCACCGCUUCUUCACGCCCAUCAAUUGGCAGGAUGUUGUACAGAAAAAGCUCCCGCCGCCCUUCAAGCCUCAGGUGACAUCGGAGAUUGACACCCGGUACUUCGAUGAUGAGUUUACCGCUCAGUCCAUCACCAUCACCCCCCCGGACCGAUCAGACGACAGCAUGGAUUCCCUCGAGACGGACCAGCGGGCCCACUUCCCACAGUUCUCUUACUCAUCCAGCAUCCGCGAGUAGCCAGUGGCAGGAGCCAGCUGGCCAGAGCGAAGUCGGGCCUGCCAGUGUGGCCGCUGAGCCGGGCCGUGACUCCCUUCCCCUCCUCCCUCUCCGUGUCGAAAGCUGGAUCCGACUCCAUGGGCCAAGCUCCUCCCCGGGUACGGCCCUCAGGCUGGCGGGAGGUGGGGCGGAGACCGUCGGCUGCCCCCGGCUGCCCGCGCCACACGGUACAAACCCUACCCGCAGCCCCCAGGCCGGGUGCAGGCCAUGGCUGCAGACACCCCGCUGGCCCAGUCCUGGGCGGCGACAGCCCCACGGUCCCUCUCAGAAAACCCCCCAAAUGCUUCUUGUUUCCUCCUGGAGCCUGACUGAUAGUCACAGCCCUUUCCCCCCCAUUCAGGCCCUGGAGUGAAGCCAGGCCAGGAGCCCCCGCACUCCAGGCCAACUGCGGGGGGGGAGGGGGACAAACGGGGACGAGGGGGCACCCGCCCUCAGUGCCCAUGGAACCUGGGGCUGGCAUAGCAAUAACGGUCCCUAUCUGCCUUAACCCCAACUGGCUGCAUCCGGCCCCUGGCCCUUAUCAGGAAUUAGAGGGUCAGCCCCCUCUGCUCAGCCACUCCCCUGUGGCCCUGACAAGUCAGCCCGACUAAGCCCCCUGGACAAUGGCCCCUGCCGGCCAGCGGGGUCUCCAGACUCAGUUUUCAGUAUCUCGAUGGCCUUUCCUGGAUCCAUUGCCCAACUCUGCUGCCACGAGUAGGCUGGGCGCGGUUUUGAGGGUAGCUCUCUCUGGGGGCCGGUGGGAAUGGGCACCUGGCCACUGAGGCCCUGGAGCCAAGUGCCCCGCUGUCCUCACCUGCCCUCUGUACAAUCACCGUCCUGCCCUCCCUCCCGGCCAGGGAGCGUCAA